ACCUACCCUACAGUUUGAAAUCACAACAACUAGGCCUACAACUUCUAACAACACAAAGAAUCAGUGGGCCUGGUCAUAUUUAGGUCAAUUAUUGAUUUAUUUUUAUAUUGAAACUCCCCCGAACGAUCAUAGUCACAUAGGCUAGGGGUCGCAUCCAAUUGACCGCUGUCCAAGGUCCUGCAACUUAUUUAGGCUAUUUCACGAUUUACUCCAUCCUAUUGUAUCGGUAGGCUAUAACCUACCUCUAGACUUAGGUGGCUCUGGAAGCGGUUAUAAUAUCGUGAAUGUAGCUAGCCAUUGAGCACCAGUCAGUUUGAACUGUUGCCUAAUGGGAAGAUAAUCCGAUGCCGUGAAGGUGUUGCAGGCAGCACUACCGCCACUUCUGAAAGCACUGCAGUGUCGACGCUGCGGAUGCUCUCUGACGCGGAUUGUCCCACGGACAAACUGAUGGAGGGAGGGAAGUUGUGAGGCAAGGAAAGGGGUGAAAUAGCCCCUUGAAAGCCUGAACUCUGAAAUAAUGGCGGAAGCCAAUCCACUUCGGGGAUUUCCUCGAAUCCGAAGGGCUGCGACAUCCAUUCCGGGUAACCUCCACCUGAUCUUGGUGCUGAGGCCCACUAGUCUCCUCCAGCGCACCACUCCCUGUGCUUCCACUGACAUUGGCUUUCGCUUCAGUCAGGAUGACUUCGUCCUCAAAAUGCCCGUAAUCACACUCAGUUCUGUAACUGACCUUCUCCGCUACCUUGAUGAGAACCACAUUUCAUCUGAGUUUGAUGGCAAACUGGAGUAUUGCCGUAGUGACUGGUUUGUUUUACGAACGGCAAUUGAGAGCUUUGCAGUAACAGUGAAGGAGAUAGCUCAGCUGCUCCAGUCCUUUGGCACGGAGCUGGCCGAGAUCGAGCUCCCAGAUGAGGCUAACGCUAUCGAGUACCUCCUCACCGCUCACACAGACAAGUACCGCCAGAUGAAGGAUGAGAUCAGGUCUGUCAUCAAAGAGGGCCGUCAGUUGCAGGUCAAUCUGGAGACCUCCAAGCCACCAGAGGGCAAUGCUGCAGAGCAGAGAGAGGCUGACCAGGACAGGAGUACGGUGCAAAGGCUCCUGGCCCAGCUGCGGGACAUGGAGAUGGCCUUUGAUGAGUUCUUCGAGAAGCACCACCUCAAGCUGCAGCAGUACCUUCAGCUCCUGAGAUACGAGCAAGGCUUUCACGAAAUGGAGCUGACGCUGGAGCAGCUCACUGUCCAGGAGAAGGCCAUCCCCUCCGUCGGCAUGACAGUGGGCCAGACAGAGCAGCUGCUCGCAGACCUGGAGGUGUUGGAUGCCCGAGCUGAGGAGGAGAUGACCCGCGCCCAGAUCAUCAUCCUCCAUGGGCACCAGAUGGCCACCAGCCACCACUACGCCCUGGCGCUCAUCGUGCAGCGCUGCAACGAGCUGCGCCACCACUGCGACGUGCUCACCACCUCGCUGCGCGCCCGCCGCGCCUCCCUCACGCGCGCCAGGGACCUGCUCAUCUGCCUGGAGGAGGUAACGUCCUGGUGUGAUGAGGGGGCCUAUCUCUUGGCCAAUCAGCUGGUGGAUAAGUUCCAGUCUAAGGAGGGCGCUCAGAUGGCCCUGCUGGACCUGGACAGACUCUUGGAGAGGGGGCCCUCCGUCCUCAGGUCAAGCCCUGAUGUACUCAGCCUAGAGUUCCAGGCUAUCCUGACACCCCAACUGGAGUCCCAGAUAACUGCCACUGCUGAGAAGCUGUCUGCCGUGCGCGGAAUGAUCCAGAACCGGCAGGCGUGCCUGCGGAAACUGGCGGACUUGCAGGCCCGGCCCAUCCAGCUGGUGGCACCUCGACCCGAGAACCCCCCGCGCUGCUGCAAGUCCCCACUCUUCUCGCCCAAGCACAGUGUCGACUUUAACUCCACCCUCAAAUUCUCCUUCUCUGAUCUUUCCCUACCUGGGAAGAGAGGAUCUCGGAAAAGCCCAAGCACAAAGAAGAUUGAAGUGAUGCAUGACUAUGAGGAGAACAGGUCCUCCAUGUCAUAUACACCAGAGGGGGAGGAGAACCCACUCCAGAAGAUACGACAUGUGAUCAAGGAGCUGAUUGACACAGAGAGAGUCUUUGUGGAAGAGUUGCUGUCUGUGUUGCUGGGCUACAGAGCUGAGAUGGACAACCCAGCUCUUUCUGGCCUCCUGCCCGCUGCCCUGCGCAACAAGAAAGACGUGCUGUUUGGAAACAUGUCAGAGAUCUACAAUUUCCACAGCAGAAUUUUCCUCCAAGAUCUGGAGAGUUGCCUGGAGGUCCCAGAGAGAGUUGGGGCCUGUUUUCUUGAGAGGACUGAGAACUUCAAAGUGUACGAGCGGUACUGUCAGAACAAACCUCGCUCUGAAUCACUAUGGAGACAGUGCUCUGACUCUGCAUUUUUCCAGGAAUGUCAGAAAAAGCUUGACCAUAAACUGCGGUUAGACUCCUAUCUUCUUAAGCCUGUUCAACGGCUCACCAAAUACCAGCUUUUACUGAAGGAGCUCCUGAAGCACAGUGCCAACUCUGACCAUGCCAGCGAACUGCAGGGGGCGCUAAACGCUAUGUUGGAUCUCCUCAAGUCAGUCAAUGACUCCAUGCACCAAAUCGCCAUCACAGGUUAUGAGGGCGAUCUGAGCGACCUGGGCCGUGUUCUCAUGCAGGGCUCCUUCAACGUGUGGAUCAGCCACAAGAAGGGCUCCACGCGCAUGAAGGACCUGGCCCGCUUCAAGCCCAUGCAGCGCCACCUGUUCCUGCACGAGCACGCGCUGCUCUUCUGCAAGAAGCGUGAGGAGAACGGCGAGGGCAACGAGCGCACGUCCUCCUACAGCUUCAAACAUUGCCUGCGGAUGAGCGCUGUUGGCAUCACAGAGAACAUCAAAGGAGACAUCAAGAAGUUUGAGCUGUGGUACAGUGGCCGAGAAGAGGUCUAUUUAAUCCAGGCCCCGUCGGUGGAGGUGAAGAUGUCCUGGCUGACCGAGAUCAGGAAGAUCCUCACCAAUCAGAGGCUUGCUCAAGAUGAAGGUCACACCUGCGUGGUUGCGGAGGGGGUAGUAGACAGCAAGCUGCAGGGGGCGUCGGUCAGCUCCGAGGAGACUGAGUCGGGCCGCACCAGCCCAGUUCUGACGGACCCGGUCAUCUUCUCUCCCCGGCGGCAGCAGAACCGCCGCAGCUGGCAUGGUACCUCCAACUCAGUAGACUUCUGUGAGGGCCUGGAGGACUGGACCACUGACCUGUCCAACCUGUCCGAGUCCGAUGAGGAAGAGGAGGCCACUUUGCUGGUCCCUGGGCGGUACAGGGCGGUGGUGGACGGCCAUCAGAGAGAACCAGAGGACCUGGUGAUCAAAUGCGGAGAUGUCCUUCAGCUGGUGGAGGAGGAUGGAGCGGGCCUGUGGCUAGUGAGGAACAUCACUCGGGGGGAGGAGGGCCGAGUUCCAUCCGACAGCCUGGUCAGGAUUCUGGGAGAGACCGGUUAUUUCACCCGCCAGGGCGAUAUGGUAAGCAUUAAGACCAGGAAGCUCAGCUCCUGAAGAAGCCCCUUGUGAGACCACAGGAGCCCCCAUCACUUUUCCUCAGGCCACACUCCAGAGAUCCUCAGCAUUCCGCACAAAGACCCCAGCAUUCCUCCGUCCUCAAUCUUACUGUCUCAGUCUCACAGUCUCCACCAGCCAUCUCUUAAGAGACAGGACAUGCGCGAUGCAGGAGUAACUACAUAUGUUACAGACAGGCUGCAACCCUGUCUGACAGAAGGGGGUUUGGGGAUUGGACUGAAGGACAGGCAUGGACUCUCUACAGUUCCAAGAUCAGUAUCUUUCACAAGGAUCCACCAGUGUCAAUACAGUGGAGUUCAAAACAAACCUGUCAAGCACAAUGUGAAACACAGGCCAGUAUUCCUCCUGACCUACAGAGAGCCUGAUUGGUUGGCAUCAGGCCUUUUCUCAUUACCACGCAGUGCCCAGUGUUAUUCACACCGCAGUCUCGGUUUCCAUGGUAAUCAAGCAACCUUGGACCCCACCUCCCGACGGUGUCCAGAGGUAGGCCUCUUCAUGCGAGUCAUGGUUGAGGGUUUUCAGCAAUUUCAGAUGAGACGGGUCUCUCGCAGAGAUUGUUCAUGUACAGCUAUUUUCUUACUGUAUGUACAGAAUGUAUUUAUGGGAGGGUCUCGGAUAUGUGUUAUAGUGUACACAGCACAUUUGCAUACCAUCUACCUGAGUAUAUACUGUAUGUGCCAAAAACUCAAAAUCCCAUGAUUCCCUCUAACCCUCCAUUUUUAUGAGGCUGUUGUUUCAUGACAUGAUAGCUGCCUAGCUUAAAGAGCACAUGAUUGUUUUUAUUUGUGGACAUAGUGGGGUCUUCAAAAUAUGGCCAUCACUCAGUAACUAUGGUUGCGCUUUAUUCAGCUUCCACUCACAAUGCCGCAUGAUGCAAUCUUAACCAUGGGGUGUUUCUCUUGCUGCACACUCCAUGCUUGCUUCAUUUUGCACUGCACUUUGAUUUCGGUAGGUUUUAAGCUUUGCCAAAGCCUUAACACAAUUCAGAAGCUUCCAUCACAUUCAAAACCGAUAUUGUGACCGGUUGAUUGGACACAGUUCUGUUGUACACCAAUGAAAGGUCAUAUUAUUGGUUUUGAGGAGCAAUGAAUUCCUUGCAUAAAGUCAUUUAAAAUGUAUGCUAUGGCUAUUGUAGUACAGGAGAGUUUCUGCACAGACCUAAGAACAGCAAAUGCCAAUGUGUUGUUUGUAUUAGAGAAAUGUAUUUUCAGUUAUGUAAAUUAGAGUUCUCAUGUGAAUAUCCAAAAAUAUCAAAAAGAAAUAUAUUAACACAGCAACAAAGUAUUUUGA